GGCAAAAACAAAAAUAUGUAAAUCUCUUUUGUUGACUUUGCUGGACCUUUAUUUUUGCCAAGUUGAUACUAAGAUUUUGAUACUCUACUUGGUGUGGAUUGUUCUUAAACUCAAAUUUUGAUUCAUAACUAGAAAACCAAGAAUUAUUGCCUCUAAAAUCUACUACAUAUCAGUUUAUUUUCUAAUGGCUGUUGGCAUGAAUGAUCUGUGCAAUUGCAAUACUUAAUCCAAGAGCAAGUAAAAAAGAAAAACUUCUUUUAUAGUGAUUUUUGCACCACCGAUUCCAACUAAUGGUCUCGAUAUCAUUUCGACUUCCGUCCGAUAAAGCCACGUGACUGAUAUUUACAAGAAUGAUUCACGUUCGUGCUUUACCCGGUACGCCAAAAUCAAAAUAUACGGUUCAACAAUUAAUUGAUAUUUCCUGUAAAGAAGCAGAAAUUUACAAGAAAUAUAAUGUGGAUGGCAUACUUAUUGAAAAUAUGCACGAUAUUCCGUACAUUUUACCAGAUCGGUCAGGACCAGAAGUCACUUCAGUUAUGACAAGAAUAUGUUCAGAAAUUAAAUGUCUUAUUUCUGAUAUCCCUUGUGGAGUACAGUUAUUAGCUGGUAAUAAUGAAGCAGCUAUGGCUGUAGCAUUAGCAGCUGGAUUACAGUUUAUUCGUGUCGAAGGAUUUGUAUUUGGACACCUUGCAGAUGAAGGAUUUAUUCAGGGAUGUGCGGGUACAUUACUUCGACAACGGAAAAUUAUUGGCGCCGAUAAUAUACUUGUAUUCACCGAUAUAAAGAAAAAACACUGCUCUCAUGCAAUCACAUCUGAUUUAAAUACAAAAGAUAUUGCUAAAGCCGCUGAAUUCUUUUUAAGUGAUGGAGUCAUUUUAACUGGAAGUACAACUGGUGACCCUCCUUGUCCUAAUGAAGUAUCUGAUGUUCUGCAUUCCAUUUCUAUUCCUGUGAUAUUGGGUUCAGGAAUAACAAUAAAUAAUAUUCAUCUUUAUAAUUCUUGCUGUGGAAUGAUUGUUGGCUCCCAUUUUAAAAUUGGAGAUAAUUGGUCAAAAGCAAUCGAAGAGAAUAAAGUUGCUAAAUUUAUGGACAAAGUUAAGAAUUUAAGAAGAAUCUAAGUUCUAUAUUUUAUGCAUAUAUAAAUUGUA